CGCCAGUGUCGCAAUAUGGCCACGUGCUGAGGCGUGCGGAGUGUUUACGGUGCAAGCGCUUCCGCGCCCGUGCGAUCCGCGUCGUCGUCGUCGUCGAUGACCGCGAUCGGUGGUCGUGACUCACGCGACGUGGUGUCCGCGUCUCUCGACGAUGACAGGGCCGCAGUGGUGACCGUCCGAUGAGCCGGGAGCGCGCGCGUGCUACUCGCGGCCGAGGAUGGCGAGCAUGGACGACGAGCCCCAAGUAGCCGGGUGCGCCUACGGCUGUCGGGACGCCACCUGCAUCACCGGCAACACCUCCGGUGACGGACGCGGCGAUGGAAGCGCGAGCCGCUCCGCCGUGCGGAACUACCGACCGCACAGCAGCCUCGCCCGGAUGCUUUACGACAAGCGAAAGGCGGACGAGUGGCUGGCGGUGUACGACAAGCGCAGGUGGUACAGGGUAGACAAAAGCAAGAUCAGAGAAGAUCUGCUGGAUCUGUGGGUCCCGCUCGGCAGUGGUCCCAACGCGGAUCAGCCCGACAAAGCCGCCGAAAUUUUCCUCGUAAGAUCCGCGGAGAGAUCCGACUCGUUGCCGCUGCAGGCUUGGCACUCGUUAGCCAGGUCGGCGUUAUCCUGGUUCAUCAGUCGUACGUCCAUAAACGGACUGCUGGGUCGCGGCUCCAUGCACGUGUUCUCCAGCGAACAAUUUCAAAAGCUAAUGGACGCGAGCGGCUUCACGGGCCCCUGGCAUUCCUUGGUGGACCUCGGGGCAGGUGAUGGCGCGACCACCGCCCACGUGGCACAUCUCUUCGAGAAGGUGUACGCCACGGAUAUCUCACCCCCCAUGAGAUGGGCUCUAGCGAAGAGGAAAUUCACGGUACUCGACGUGGAGAGGUGGCACGAGGAGGCCGGUCCCUUCAACGUGAUCCUCUGCCUGAAUCUCCUGGACCGCUGCGACCGUCCAAACACUCUGCUGAGGCUACUAAGAAAUUCGUUGGUGCCCGGCGGUAGAUUGGUUGUCGCCCUGGUACUACCGUUCAGCCCCUAUGUCGAGGUCGGCGAAAGGGGUAAUCACAAACCGUCAGAGUACCUGCCGGUGCGAGGGAACAGCCUCGAGACUCAGAUAAUCGGCCUGAUCGACCGGGUUUUCGCUCCGGUGGGUCUACGAUGUCUCGUCUGGAGCAAACUGCCGUACUUGUGCGAGGGAGACCUGGGACAGGCGUACUACUUCCUGGAUGACGUGAUCUUCGUGCUAGAAGCGCAGCCAGUUAGUACACGAUCUGAAUUAGCGGUAGAUAACGAUGUUUCGUUGCGAAGGAACUAUUAAGGACUGAAAACUCGGGGGCGGAUUGUGUGUGCACAGUGUACGCACGGGGAGAGUGAGGACAAUCAAAAGGAGUUGGAAAAAAAGAAAGCGAGUCUUUCACACUUGUAAAAACUUUAAUGAUUGCUGUCAUAAGUUAGAAUUAUGCGAGAAUACAGAAGAGCAAUACUGGCAAGCGACAACGAGCUUAAUGUGCAGACACAGCGGUUAGCGUUUGGUGUACGAAUAUCGAUUAUCGAUCCGAGUCUAAAAAGGGAACAACGGAUCGGAAACGGUGCGCAUUUUAUAAUCGUUUAUCAUCUUACUGUCGAAUUCGGUGCGGAAACGUGUACACGGUAUCUAUGGUAUAGAUAUGGCGCGAGAGUAACGAGAUCCGGAAACGAAAUCUGUAUUACGUCUUCCUUUCAUUUCUCUGCCCCUUCCCUCGUGUGCUCAACUGCGUUCGAGAACAUCCCUCUAGAACCGCAUCCUGUCUCUUGCCAAUUAUUUAAAUUAGUAGGAAUUAACAAAUGAUGUUCGAAAAAGAAUGUAAAGUGACGCACACUGAAGCGUCAGUCGCAGCAACUGCAGUCGUAAAAUCAGUCUAAGACACGAAUAGGAAAAAUGUUUUAAACUCUGAAAGGUAUUUAUUUGUUAAUUUGUAGGAGAUAUUAUAAUAAUACAGAAAGCAUUAUUUACAAAAAUGUCGGAACGUAACUGAGAUAAGAAAAACGAAAGCGCGGAAGAGAAGAAACAAAAUUCAAUCUAAAACUGACAUUGGUAACGUUGAAGUGUAAUAUAAAUGUACAAGAUAUGUUUUGUGUAAGCAAAUGUGUAAACCGGGAAAUAAAAAGACAGACGUACUACAGUGCUGCAACUUUCGCUUCAAAAACGAAUAAACGUACAUACUCAUUGUGACAUUUUGAGCAAUCGCACGAUUGUGUCCAAAUAAUAAUUCGUAGGAUAAGAUGGAUUACAGAUGGCGAACACAGCUCUCAGUUUUAUAUAUACACACACAUCUCGAGAUUCUAUUUCAAAUAUCAAUUCAUAAAAAUUCUUAUCAGACUUUGUUUCCGCACUCCUUAUUCCCCACUUGGCAUAAAUUGCAGCGACAUGGAUAUGCUUAAAUCGCAGGCGGUCGAUUGUGCGACCGACUGCGAAAAACAAACGGUGUUACGUUUGUUUGUUGUUUUUUUUUCUCGUUUUUUAUAUAAUAACUACUAUAAGAAAUAAGUCCAUCUAGUUAUUGGAAAUACACUUUGGUGUGCAACAAGUUAUCGUCCAAUUAUGAACCAUAUUGCAGCAGCCUCCUUGUCGAUAUAUAUAUAAUAUGUAUGUCAACAAAAAACGCAGUCUAUAGAAGCCGGAUCUGCGUUUGUUUAAACCACAGUCACUACCCGUGAGAGAUAAAAUAAAGAAGUACUAUCAAAAA